UGUCACUGCCAGAAAUUGACAUUUGUCACCAUCAACUGUCAAGUCCACACCACAUGUUGUAUUUUCAUAUUGUGGAGUUGUACGAACCCUAUUUAUAUUUACGUAGUGCUAUAAAUUUAAGAUGGGGAAGGCUAAGAAACUUAAACCCUCUCAAGUUGGGAAAAAUGUGGCAUUAGCCGAUCAAAUAGAAUCAGUGAACGCAGUUAAAAACAAAAGUAGAAUUAAAGAGAGAAGUAGACACGAUGAUGAUGAAGAAUUCGUCAACGCAAACUUGUCUAAAAAAAUUCUACAUGCCGCCCGAAGACAACAAGCCGAAUUAGGAGACGACAACGAAGGUCCCUCCCCAGCAAAACAUGUGACCCUUCCUACUUCAUUUGCAGAUGCUGAUUCUGAUGAUGCUUCUGGUUCAGACCAUGAUGAUUUGGAUCCAGAUACUUAUUAUGAUAACAUAGAGAUAAAUGAAGAAGAUGAGGAAGCCCUCAGGAUGUUUAUGUCGUCCAAACCUGAAAGGACACGCACUCUUGCUGACAUUAUCAAAGAGAAAAUCACUGACAAACACACAGAAUUACAAACUCAAUUUUCUGAUGUGGAAACUUUAAAGUUGCAGAAUAUUGACCCUAGAAUAAAAACAAUGUAUGAGGGAGUCAGAGAUGUGUUAAAAAAGUAUAGAUCGGGCAAGUUACCAAAAGCAUUCAAAAUGGUGCCACAUUUACAGAAUUGGGAACAGAUCCUUUAUAUAACAGAACCUACUACAUGGUCUGCGGCUGCUAUGUAUCAAGCUACAAGGAUAUUUGCUUCAAACUUAAAAGAGAAGAUGGCACAGAGGUUUUAUAACUUGGUUCUACUGCCUCGUGUGCGAGAUGACCUCGCUGAGUAUAAGAGAUUGAACUUCCAUUUGUACCAAGCAUUAAGGAAAUCUCUCUUCAAGCCUGGUGCUUUUAUGAAGGGAAUACUUUUGCCCUUAUUGGAGGCAGGAGAUUGCACAUUACGUGAGGCUAUCAUUGUAGGGUCUGUAUUAGCUCGCAAUUCAGUGCCUGUAUUACACUCUAGUGCAGCUAUGCUGAAGAUAGCAGAAAUGGAUUACACUGGAGCUAAUUCUAUAUUUUUAAGAAUACUUUUUGACAAAAAGUAUGCUCUGCCAUACAGAGUUGUUGAUUCUGUUGUCUUUCACUUUAUAAGAUUCCAAAGUGAUCACCGUAACUUGCCAGUGCUAUGGCACCAGUCGCUUUUGACAUUUGUGCAGCGUUACAAGGCUGACAUCUCCACUGAACAGAGAGACGCCUUACUAGAACUGCUGAGGAAGCAAUCCCAUCCUACAGUUACACCAGAGAUUCGAAGAGAACUGCAAGCAGCGAAAUGCAGAGAUGUUGAAAAUAAUGAAUCAGUAUCAAGUGCUAUGGUUAUUGAAUAAAUUGAUUAUAAUACGAAAUAAUUCAAAUAAA